GCACUUUUCUGUCUCCCUCUUUCAUUCCUUCUUCCUGCCUCAACUGUAAAAGUAGUUACCAAACAGUAGGCACCAGGCAGAGUUAAAGACAUUUGAGCUUCCAAGCCAACUCUGCAAACUUUCAUGCUGCAACAAGAGCAAUGAAGUCAUUGAUGGAUUGAGUUUUUUCUGUGCUACCAUUCAGCCCCUGAAGAAUCUGGUCUUACAGGCUGCACUGGGCCAUAAUGGAGCAGCGCUGGAUGCUGUGUGCAUUGCUAUUCAUAGCCACACUGAUACUAGGCCACUGCCAGAGUGGUGAUGGAGGGGACUGGGGAUCAGGCAAUAUGCCAGAGCUUUUGUUCACCACUACGUCGACUCCUAUUCCAAACACAGUCUGUAAUGAUCCAGCCAACCCUGGGAGCACAGACUGGACCAAGCCGCUUUUUCAAGUCAUUCCAGACAGUAAAGCUGAUGGCUGCUCGGUCAAUUUCCACACCAGCCAGGCUAUAUCCAGGCGAUUACAAGUGGCCAAAGAGGAGAUGGCUUAUCUGAAAGCCCUCCAGCAUGGGAAUCAGGCAGUGAUGGAGAAUCUGAUCCAGUUUGUUGGAGCAGAAAUGGGGGAUCAGAGCUAUCAAGAGAUUAUUCAAGAAAAUAUUGUUGGGAUCAAGGAGAAUCAUGCAAGUUGUGUGGGAGUACUGAAAAAAGCAACUGAGGAGUUGGAGAACCAGCUAGAAGGAGCUGACCUUGCUGGAAUUCAGAAAAUCAGCGAAGAGUCUUUGACCUUUGAAAGGAUGCUACGUGCCACGACAGACAUCGCCAAGCAACUGGAGACCUCCUCACGAACCCUUCACCUGCAGAUAAGCGAGCAGAUGAGAAAGAGCUUAAAGCUGAAAAGGACGUAAAAUCUACAGAAAGAAGACUUGUUGUGUUUCUGAAAUGUAACAUCCUCGAAUGACAUGAGGAUAAAGCGGCAUUAAGAGGGUAAUUUAAUAUUUAAGUGAUUUUCAAUGGUGCGCUAACUAAACACCUAGAAAAUCAUGUAAUUAUGAUUUAGGUUAAAAGUCCAAAGCUUUGCACAAGUUUGAAAAUUUGUGAAUUAAAAUGGUCUAGGUAAAAAUAGACAGAAAAGUGCAAAAAGUUGUUUUCUUUUUGCAAUUGUUUUUGAAUUAUAGGCAGCUAGCUAAGUGUUAUGGCUUUCUUGGUGCUAAGGUACAGAUGGAGAGCGGACAGCUUGGGCGCCUCAGUCAGCGCAGAUACAUGUGUGCUGGGAGAAGAAAAAGAGAAAUGACAGUGAGGUCAUAGAAAAACAAAUAGAGCCUCAUCUGGCAGCCAAAGCAGAAAGGGUGCUUGUUAUUGCCAUUGUUUAAUUCUUCUCUAUUAAUCAUAAUGAAACACUGUGCAAGUAUGAUUUAUGUUGGCCAGCUGUAAAUGGGCUGUGUGCGGAAUGUAUGUGUGCUUUAUUACUAGACGAUAGUGCCUGGAAGCUCUUGACUUUAUACUCUAUUUCCAUGCUUUAGCACAUUAUCUUUUUCAUAUAGGUAUAUCACUAUGUACAGAAUAAAGUGAUCAUUUAUCCUCAGUCUUCACAGUUUUUUUUUUUUUAAUAAAGUGCAAAUAUGAAAUCAGAAUUAUGAAGUGCACUAAAUAUCAAAACAGCCCUUCUUCUUCUUCUUCUUCUUCUUCUUCUUCUUUGUUCUGAUCUCUGAAACUUCCAGGAGCUGUUGGCAGUUCCUGACUCCUCACUUUUAUUUUGUUUUUUUUUGUUAUUACUGAAUAAUUCAUAAUAGAAACUGAAGAAAGUCAGUAACUGAGUCAUUAGAUAGAGAGGUUAAGGUGUUACAGAAAUGUUUGUUGAAGUCAUAAAAUCAUUAUAGCCUAUUACAAGCCACAACUAUUUCCAAAUAGUGCAUAAAUACAUAAAAUAAGAAUUCAGGUCAAGCGAGUUUUACUGCCCCUAUUAACCAAUUUUCACAAUUAUCUCUGCUAGCUUCUGUGGUGAAUAAACUAUUUAACACACAAGUAAAAAAAAAACUUCUUUCUCUCUCACUCAGCCUCUUUGUGUCAGAGCAAAUGUAAAUGAGGAUGCAUCUAGCUAGAAUUUUAUUUAUUUAUUUUGCUUUAUUUUUUUAUUUUGCAUUUUGCAUACACCAAUUUUAGCAAUGGACAGGUCUUCUUAUAAACUGCAAAAGGAAUUUAUGCUCUGGCUGGACAGAGUGGCUGGAGCAGGGACAGAUUAGUGAUUAAGUCUUUUGGACAAGUGCCCAGGACCAUUAGAAAGGAUAGAUAGAUAGAUAGAUAGAUAGAUAGAUAGAUAGAUAGAUAGAUAGAUAGAUAGAUAGAUAGAUAGAUAGAUAGAUAGAUAGAUAGAUAGAUAGAUAGAUAGAUAGAUAGAUAGAUAGAUAGAUAGAUAGCUUUAAAUUCACAUAUUACAGCAGCACAGAAA